UCGUGAGGUUGUUAAGAUCAUCAUUGUGAGCAGCAGUGACUGAGCACAGCCUACAACGUUUCUUUCGUCGCAGCCUUUCUUCAAGACGAUGAACGAAGCACAAUAGACCUGAUUGUCAGCUUCCAUUCCCAUAGUAGUUUGGCAUGCACAAGAGCCGACAAGGCACCGCAUCAGAUAGAGCUAAUUUGAGUCCUCAUGAAGUCAGACAUAUGCUUGUUAUUUUUGGUCAUCGUGUGCGUGCUUCCCGGUCCUGUGCACCUCUCAGGUGCUUACGUUGUUUGGGCAACAUUGCUCGACAUGAAUGGACGUGGUCAAAGGCUGAAGCCAGAGUGGCUCAUGAAUGACACGGGCGCCCUUUCAGAUAGUCAUGAGAGCUCACUGUUGUUUUGUGAAGAGGCCGACGCAUCAGAGCCACAGCAAGACAAGGAAGCAUCGGGACAGAGAAGCUCAGCAAAAAAAUACAGCCAAGUAUUAUAAGCAGUCGCACUGCAGAAGCACGAUGUACUUCUACAGGCAUCAGUCGGUAAUUUUCUUCAUCCUUGCAACAGUCCAGAUAGCCUUCUGGUCUUGCCGCAGCACUUGCGAAGCACGCGUCAGAUCUCCUUGACAUUGACUGUAGGGCUAUACUUGUUAGUCUUUUGAGAUUUGCAGGACGCUAGACAAGAACAAGACAACCAAAGCUUGCUGGAGGAACGUCAGUUCUAGAGCUAAAUGUUGCAUCGCCAUGUAGCCCCUACUAAAAGGCCUGUCUGAGACUCUAGUAUUGUUUGUCAUCAAUCGAUUCCAGCUUGCUUUGGGUCUUGCUUGCGGUCACGCGUCAUAUAAUGGGCCUUA